AAACAAAUAAAGUGCCAUAUGAGAAUAGUGUGAAAAAAUUGUGAGCACGCAAACAUAUCGUUUAAUAAUAACAGUAAACGCUGCCAAUUAAAACAAUUUUAAAUAUAAACACAGGCUAAAUGCAAAUAACCACCGAGUAGAGGGAAAAUUGGCAACAGAAGACCCAAAGUAAUAUAGCAACGAAGACGGCAACAACAACGAAAGCAGUGACAACAACAACAGUAGCAAAAUGACAAUAUCACGCAAAAUAGUAGCAACUGGAGCGACAAAAACAGCAACAACAAAUUCAAAUCGCUUGCCCGGCAAAACACUGAAAUAUGAAAAACUCAUUAAAGAGCCGCAAACCUUUGAUGCAAUGACGACUACAACAACAAUGCUGUUGUUAAAUGAACGAACUACACAAACGGAUGUGGCACAGGAAGUGCCGGAAAAGCGUUGCAUAAAUUUCAAUAAUGGCGGCAACAAGCUUUUGGCAAUGCCACCAACCGACCACACAAUGCUCCUCAAUGCAUGUGAAGGCGCAUCGUAUACCACACCCCCCGCCUCUGCGUCAGCCUCCGCCGCUGUCGCCAUUGCCGUCGCAGCCUCUGCCUCUGUUCCACUGGCCGCUGGCAAUGUCACGUACAAAGCUAAAGCCAAUAACUUGGUGCAUGCCAACAACAACGGCUUCACGAACAGCAACAGCAACAUCGACGGCAUCCAUGGCGGUGGCUACAACUUCAACUCUACCUCAUCAUCAACUCCAAUUGGCAGUUGUAAUGGCGGCAGUGGUGGUGGUGGUGGUGGCGGUGGCAGUGGCUCAAGCUCCUCGAUCAUUUCCCCCUCGCUCCAUUGUUGUAAUUUAAUUGCGCGUCGAUGUUUCGGCAUCAAUGUGAAACGCGGUGUCCUGGCCCUGUUCGCCAUUACCGUGGUUAGCAUUUUUUACUACACGUAUUACGUCGAUACGGGCGUGUUCGUUAGCCUCAUUCAACGUCCCACCCAUCCUGCGCCCAUCAUCAACUGCCGCAUGAUAAAUGGAGCUGGAAAACAUGUGCGCGAUGCCUCACCAGCGCCAGAUCAUCGUUCAGAGGCGCGACUGCGCAUCGAUCCCAAGGUGCUUGUCUUUGUGGAGACCACCUAUUCUGGUCUGGGGCGCGACAUAGCGGAGCUGCUCGUCUACAACCGCAUCAAAUACAAAACGGAAGUUGCGGGGAAAAGUCUUCCGGUGCUGACAAAUCUCGACAAGGGCCGCUAUGGCGUCAUAGUUUUCGAGAAUCUGGACAAGUACCUCAACAUGGACAAGUGGAAUCGCGAGCUCCUGGACAAAUAUUGUCGGGAGUACUCGGUGGGCAUUGUGGGCUUUGUGAGUCCCAGCGAGGAGACGCUUGUGGGUGCACAACUGCGUGAUUUUCCACUAUUUGUGCACACAAAUCUGCGACUGCGAGAUGCGAGCCUGAAUCCCGCUUCGUCGGUGCUGCGUUUGACGCGAGCCGGCGAGACGGCGUGGGGAGCCUUGCCCGGCGAUGACUGGGCGGUCUUCCAGCAUAAUCACAGCACGUACGAGCCGGUGGAGUGGGCGCAGCGCAACACACAGGAGUAUCCGGCGGAUAGUGUGGGUCUGGUGCAGCUGCCCUUAACAACGGUGCUGCAGGAUCGUGGACAGUUCGAUGGCAUACAACGUGUGCUCUUUGGCAGCAGUUUGCGCUUCUGGCUGCAUCGUCUAGUCUUCCUCGAUGCGCUCUCGUAUCUGAGUCAUGGCCAGCUAAGCUUGAGCCUGGAUCGCAUGAUACUUGUAGAUAUCGACGACAUAUUUGUGGGUGAGAAGGGCACUCGUCUGCGACCGGACGAUGUGCGGGCUCUGGUUGCAACCCAGAAGAUCAUUGGCGGCAUGGUGCCCGGUUUUCGCUUCAAUCUGGGCUUCUCCGGCAAGUACUAUCAUCAUGGUACACGUGAGGAGAACUUAGGCGACGAUUUCCUGCUGCAGAACGUCCACGAGUUCAAUUGGUUCUCUCAUAUGUGGAAGCAUCAGCAACCCCAUCUCUAUGACAAUCUCACCCUGCUCAUGGCGGAGAUGCAGUUGAACUAUGCUUUUGCCAAGGACCAUAAUAUACCCACGGACUCGGGCUAUUCCAUAUCGCCGCACCACUCGGGCGUCUAUCCGGCCCAUGAGCUACUCUAUAUGGCGUGGAAGCGUGUGUGGAAUGUGAAAGUCACCUCCACGGAGGAGUAUCCGCAUCUGCGACCAGCACGACUGCGUCGGGGCUUCAUUCAUCGCAACAUAAUGGUGCUGCCUCGUCAGACCUGCGGGCUCUUCACCCACACCAUGUACAUAGAUCGCUAUCCCGGCGGACGGGACAAGCUAGAUGAGUCCAUACAAGGUGGCGAGCUGUUCCAGACCAUUGUCUAUAAUCCCAUCAACAUUUUCAUGACGCACAUGUCCAAUUACGGCUCCGAUCGACUGGCGCUGUACACAUUCCAGUCCGUCAUUAAGUUCCUACAGUGCUGGACGAACCUUAAGUUGGCAUCCGCACCGCCCAUACAGCUGGCCGAGAUGUACUUCCAGCUGCAUCCCGAGGAGGUUGAUCCCGUCUGGGGUAAUCCCUGCGAUGAUGUGCGCCACAAGAAGAUCUGGUCCAAGACCAAGAACUGUGAUUCGCUGCCCAAGUUUCUGGUUAUUGGUCCCCAAAAGACGGGCACCACAGCCCUCUACACAUUCCUCUCCAUGCACUCGAGCAUUGCGAGCAACAUCGCCAGUCCGGACACCUACGAAGAGGUGCAAUUCUUCAAUGGCAACAACUAUUAUCGCGGCCUAGACUGGUACAUGGACUUCUUUCCAUCGGAAACAUUGCCCAACACUAGUUCGCCCAUGCCUACAACACUGAACUCGCCGCGCUACAUGUUCGAGAAGAGUGCGACCUACUUCGAUGGCGAAGCGGUGCCGAAGCGGGCGCAUGCGUUGCUGCCACGCGCCAAAAUUGUUACGAUCCUGAUAUCGCCGGCUAAGCGGGCUUACUCCUGGUACCAGCACCAGCGCGCACAUGGCGAUGUAAUAGCAAACAACUAUAGUUUCUAUCAGGUCAUAACCGCAACCGAUUCGGCACCGAAAGCACUCAAGGAUUUGCGCAAUCGCUGCCUUAAUCCGGGCAAAUAUGCCCAACACCUGGAACACUGGCUGGCCUACUAUGCCGCCCAACAACUGCACAUCAUCGAUGGCGAACAGUUGCGCCUCAAUCCCAUCGAUGUGAUGAACGAGCUGCAGCGCUUCCUGAAAAUCCAACCGGUUUUCGAUUAUUCAAAUCACCUGCGCUACGAUGUGAAAAAGGGCUUCUUCUGUCAGGCUGUCAGCGAGAAGCGCAAUAAAUGCUUGGGCAAGUCGAAGGGACGACAAUAUGCGGCCAUGGAUGAACGCAGCGCCAAGCUGUUGCAGCGAUACUAUUUGAAUCACAAUACGGCGCUGGUAAAGCUGCUCAAAAAGCUGGGAUCGCGUCCCAUACCACAAUGGCUCAAGGAUGAUUUAUCGACGGGCACGUGAUAGCAACUGUUUGGCAGCGGCAAUGGCGGCAAUAAAUAUCGCAAAUUGCGCGCAAAACUCAGGAAACAAAUGCAUUGGCUCUACAUGGUGCAGCAGCCAGAAAAUAUGCAAUGGCCCGAUGUCGAGGACAAUCAGGUGGGCCAUGCCGGUGGAGGAGAUGGAGUGGCAGGCGGCGCCAAUUGGCAGAGACGGCGGCGACACAGCAGCAACAACAACAGCAGCAAUACCGACAACUGACAACAAAAUUAUGGAAUAUAAUUAGCUGUUGUAUUUAAGCAUAAAUCUUUUUGUUUGCGCCGUCCGUUUGUUGCACGCUAAUUAAUGUCGUUGCAGUUGUCAGUGGCAGGCGAAUGUGUAUGUGUACGUGUACGUGUACGUGAAUGCGUGUAUGAAUACAAUUAGAACUAAGUGUAUACAUAGUUGGGUGUGCGUUUGUGUAAAUGUUGUGUAAAUAGGCUAUGUGAUGAAUUUUGUAUGCUAAAAAUUAACAAUACAUAAUUAUGUAUAGCAUAAGUAAAUAAAUGUGUUGGCGCGUUGUUAGUACUGUUCGAAAGCCUCCUAAAACUCUGGGCCUGUCGUUUGCCAUGUUCGCCAAUUUAAUGAAAGAAUAGCAAUAAAACUAAUUAAGUUGCCACUGUCUGUCGUAACGGCAUUUUAUUCUGUUCUGAUUACCUCACAAUUGUAUUUGAUUUUAAUUUCUGCAUAAUUCCGAAAAGACUAACAACCUCAGAGUUAAAGAUUGACAAACCGCCUCACCUGCAGGUAGUCAGCAACAUAUUUUAGUUUUUAAAUUCAUGAGAACAUUGAAACAUAACGCCAAACUUGUAAACUUAGCGAAAAAAAAGGCAAAAAAAAAAAAAAAAUAUGCAACAAAUUGCUUUGCGAACGCGCCAAGUGCGCUGCAUUAUAAUUAAGGCUGCUUUAGUCUAUAAGUGUAUAGAAAAGUUACAUUGUAAACCUUGUAAAAGUCACAGUAAAAUACACAGGAAGGAAAAAGCGCAGCACUGGGCCUCUUCAACGACUAGCUUCAAUCGGAGCACGGAAGCUGCUUGAAAAACUCAGCAAAAUUCUAGUUGUAUGUUAAAGCACUAAGCAAAGCUCUACAUAUUAAUAUAUAGAUAUAUAGUAGAUAUAUAUUGUAUAGUUGAUAUAUGCAUAGAAUAGAACAAGUUUAGAUCCGUAAAGCGACAAUAAUAAAAGCGAAAAAUUAUUGCAAAUACAA